AUGGAUACCCUGCAAUAUUAUUACAAGUACUAAACGUGAACAGGUGCUCAGUAACUGCUAUGUCUCUUAAGGAGGCAGAAUAGCCUAGUGUAAGAUGAUUCUCAAAUUUUUGAGGCCAUAGAAAAUCACCCUAGCUAUUAUGCAAAGAGAUUCUAAGGUGGGGCUCAUGAGUGUGCAUUUUAACAGCCACCCUAGAUGUUUUUGAGAUAGCUACCACACCGCAGCGUGAGGAAAUUUGGCCAGGUGGCAUGGACAUGGGGGUCACACAGACGUCUGGGUUGAAUUUGGAGGCAAUAGUUACAGAUGUGACCUGGUCCAAAGGCAGACACUACAAUCUUUUGGAUUCUCAUUCUUAAGAGCAAGGAAAUCUAUCACAGAGCUCCCAGGAUAUUUUCCCAUGGUGUUAUUGUCCAGGAUUUAGUCAUGUGCCCCCUGCUAAAACAAUCCUUGGCAAAGCAAAGGGGAUUCCAGUUACUAGUGAGACUAAUGAGGAUUUGCCUCCAAAGAUGGAGCAAGGGACAUCUUCCCUGAAGGGUGAGUUACUAAACCAAAUUGUGGUUUGGUUAGCAGAGAAGAACGGGGGAAUGGAUAUCGGGUGGGCAACCAGCAAUGUUGUUCACAACCAGCAAUGCACAGUUGUCAUGAAGAAAAGACUUGGAAGUCAGAUCAAGCUGGAUUGAAGUCCUUCCUCUGCCAGUUACUACUUAAGUGACCUCCGGCAGGUUUCAUAACUGCUCUGAACAAUAUAACUAGAAAUAAAAACUAGAAAUAACAAACAUUAUAGACUUGUUAUGUAGAUCAAACUAGAUCCCUAUAUACUGCAAUUAACACAAUGCAUGGUCUCUAAUAAGAACCCCACAAAUAUUAUUAACAAAACUUAUUACUCUCAUACUCUUUAUCCCACAGAAUGCUAAAGAUGUGCAAUGGGUGAGAAUUCUUUGCAUCCCAAAUAGAGGAGAGGUCCAUAAGAAGCAGAGACAAUGAAAAACAGAGGGUUGAACGCAGAGAUAGGGCCCCCUUCACCGACUUCCUCCCUUCACCGAGUCCACAGGACAUAACAUAUUACUACAUAUUACCAGUAACUGUUCAAGAUCCUCGUCAACUUUAAACUCAAACCAAACUCUAAAACUUUAACUUACAGACUAACCAAACAAUAGGUCAAGGGUCCUCACAGAGGGGAGGGACAGGAGCUGGGAGUCUGGGAGAGCCUGGAGCUGAAGGAGGCUGCACGCUUGCCAGCAUCUGUGCAUUGAGUCAUGGGUGGAAGAAGAUGUGAACCUACUGACUCUGAGUCUAGUGCUUCCCUCACUCUGCUGAAGCUGCCUCUCAUCAAUUUCUGUUGUCUAUACACCUUCAGUUCAGUAUUCUGCUGGUGGACAGGAUUUUUGUAAUCCUCUUGGUUAAGUAAUCAGCCUGAUAGGCUGAAGGCAUAUUAAUAAUUAUGUGAAAUGGAGAACUAUCCUUUCCCUAAGGAACAGCCAAGGGAGUGCCAAUUUUAUAGUAGGACUGGCUGCAGGGUCAGUAGAGUGGGCAUUCUGGUUGGAGUGGGAGGUUGAAUGGAAGCCAAUGCUGGCCAUGAAUAGGGAUGCUGUAAGAGGGUUCCACAGCUGAGAAAUGGUCAUUGUUGACAUGUUUCAGGUGUGGGCAAGAUGGAAACCAACUUCUCCUUCCCUCUGAAUGGAUCUCAUGAGAUGUUCUAUGAUCCUCCUGGCUACACCGUUGUGCUGAUCAUCUCAUUGGUGAUACUUGGGAUCACCUUUGUCCUCGGCAUCCUGGGCAAUGGGCUUGUGAUCUGGGUGGCUGGAUUCCGGAUGCCACGCACAGUCACUACACUCUGUUACCUGAAUCUGGCCAUAGCCGACUUCUCUUUCACUGCUACUGUCCCAUUCCUCUUUGUCUCAAUGGUGAUGAGAGAGCAAUGGCCUUUUGGCUGGUUCCUAUGCAAGCUAGUUAACAUCGUGGUGGACAUCAACCUGUUUGGAAGUGUCUUCCUAAUUGCUUUCAUUGCCCUAGACCGCUGUAUUUGUGUCCUGCAUCCAAUCUGGGCCCAGAACCACCGCACUGUAGGUCUGGCUACAAAAGUGAUCAUUGCACCCUGGAUUCUUGCUCUAGUCCUUACCUUCCAAGUUUUAAUCUUUGUGACCACAAUAAAGGAUCCGACAGGGAAUACAUACUGUACUUUCAACUUUGGAUCCUGGGGUAGCACCACUGAUGAGAAGAUCAAGGUGGCCAUAACGGUGUUGACGGCCAGAGGGAUCAUCCGGUUUAUCAUUGGCUUCAGUAUGCCAAUGUCUAUCGUUGCUAUCUGCUAUGGGCUCAUUGCUGCCAGGAUGCAUAAAAAAAACAUGAUUAAAUCCAGCCGUACCUUACGGCUCCUCACUGCUGUUGUGGCUUCCUUCUUUCUCUGUUGGUUCCCCUUUCAACUGAUGGCCCUUCUGGACACAAUCUGGAUCAAGGAGAUACUUUUUGAAGGGAAGUACGAAAUCGUUACUGUCCUGCUUCUCCCAACAAGCUCCCUGGCCUUCUUCAACAGCUGCCUCAACCCAAUACUCUAUGUCUUCGUGGGUCAAGACUUCCGAAAGAGACUGAUCCACUCCCUGCCUGCAAGUCUGGAGAGGGCCCUGAGCGAGGACUCAGCCCAGACUAGUGACACAACAACCAAAUCUGCUUCACUUUCUGCAGAGGUCGAGUUAGAGGCAAUGUGAGGAGGGCUGGGGGACAUUUUUGAGCUCUGCCUGCUCCUACUUUGCUCCCAGUUCCAGCUUCUUAUCUUGGGUCAUCCUGAGCCACUCACUAUGAAAAACACUCUGGUGCCCCGUGAUUUGGGGGGAAGAAGGACAUAAGGGUACCGUUGGUGUCAUUUUUGGUUUUUGGACCUCAGCCUAUACCCUGGGGUAACUGGAGGUGGGAAAAGAGAACAAGAGAAAGAGUGAUGGGGAAUUUGUGAAGCUUAGA